UCUACAAUUCCACAGUUGAUGUUUGAGAACUUGGUGCAAAGUGUCGUGUGUAUUGUUGUAAUUAGAAAUAUAAAAACAGAACUUUCAUGUUGUUUUUAAAUUUUAGAGAGAAUUAUCAAAACGUUUUCCGAAUAUAUAACUUUUUAGAUCUUCCAUUUUACCAAGUUCAUACAACUGUUUGAUAAAUCAUUCCAAAAGUGAGAUAUUCUUCCUGCAAAUGAUUGUGCUGUGACUUCAUAACUUGUUCUGUAUCAAAACAUUUGAUUUUGGACAGUGUAUUUAUAAUCCGAGACAUUUAUUACGUGCACUUGGAGACAAUUCCUAACCAUAAUAAGUUUUACGAGAUAAAAAAGUAGACCCAUUCAAGUGGUUUGAAGAUAGUCAGUGUCAAUAUGAAAAAUGUGCUCAGAGUGUUCAGGACGAACUGGAACUGUUUUCUAAUAGUGUUAUCACAGUUGCGUUGCAGUACUUGAGGACUGGGUAGUUACUGAUAGACAUAAUGGGGUUAUGGUGGUGUAGUUGAGGAGUGUGGCUGUGCUGGCAAGGGAGUGAGAAUGAGAGAGCAGAGGUGAAGGGGCAAGGCAUCACCGUGGAGCACCUGGUCGGAGGCGGCGGCCCGGGCGGCUUGCUGCCCGGCGCCUCGCCUGCCCAACAUCCACCUAAUAUGCUGCAACCCAUUGAAGAUAUGAACCUUCCCCCCAAACGUCAAGCUGUUGUUGACCGACUAAGGCGGAGGAUAGACGCGUAUCGGAGGCGGCAGUCGGAAUGCGUGCCGAGGUUCGACCAAUCGUUCACCGGGGCCUGCGAGCAGCAGAACAUGGAGACGAGCGCGCUGCAGAAGCGGUUCCUCGAAGGGAAAGCCAAGCGGCAGGCCAAGAAGACGGACCGCAAGCCCGACCUGCCGUCCAUCAGCAGCAAUCUGCACAGCAGCGUGCAUGUGAGCUGUCAACAAAAGUUUGGCUGCGGCGAUUACGAGCCGCCCGCCAAGCUUCAAUGCGUCGGCGGCGGCACCGGCGGCGGCGCGGGGGAGGGGCUGACGAAGUUCUCCGUCGAGAUCGUGCAGCAGCUGGAGUUCACCACGUCCGCCGCCGACUCGCAGCCGCAACAGAUCUCGACGAACGUGACGGUGAAAGCCCUCGCCAACGCGGUGAAAACGUCCGGCUCCCCGCCGCCGGCGCAGCCUCCGCGCGUGCCCUCGCCGCUGGACUGCGAGCGAGAGUGCAAAGCCGAAUGCAAGUCCGAGGUGGCCGACGACGAGUUCGUCGGACUGGACGAAUGCGCGGCGGCGCUCGAACGCGACGCCGCGUCUGCGUUCCCGGGGCUCGCCGACCUCAUCGGUGAAGACGACGGGGACGACGCGUUCGAAUAUUUGAUCACCGAGAUAUCCGAGUACCCGGAGCUUAUGAAGGAUUUCGAUCUGGACGGCGGGAAGCUCAACGGGGGCGGAGGUCUCGGGGGACUGGAGCCGCCCGAGGGGGAGCCGGCGCCGCGGCCGUACGGCGGCGGAGAGAUGUCCCCCGCGGCGCAGACGCUGAAGCACAUGGCGGAGCAGCACCAGCAGGCGACGGGCGGCGACUGGGCGCGCUACCGCGGGUACGCCGGCUACCGGCCGCGGCCGCAGCAGCCGCCCAUGGACCACCUGCACAUGUCGCAGCAGCAGCAGCUACAUCUGUCGCAGCCUCAUCACAAUCUACAAGUGUCAGCAGCACAACACAUGCAGGUGAGCGGCAACGCGGGCCACGUGUCUGCCGCCGCGCAGCAGGGCAUGUACGCCAGCUUCCAGCACCAGGGGACGCCCUCGCCGCAGCAUCACCAGGGGAGCGGAUGCGACUCGUACUCUGUCUCGCAGUCCCAGAGCAUGAACUUCUCGCCGUCGAUGCGCGCGCGACCCGCCGGCCCCGCGCAGCAGACAGCGCAGGGACCCGGGCAGCAACCGCUUGGAAUAGCAGCGGCGGGAAUAUCGCGCGAGCAGCAAGCGAAGAUGCUGCAGCAGCAACAGCAGCAAAUGCUGCGCGCGCAGCAGCAACAGCAACAGCAGCAGCAGAUGCGGCCGCCGCCUCCCGAGUACAAGGCGCGGUUCGCAAACAGCGCCGCGGGCCCGAGGCGAGCCGCCGCCCCUCCCCCGCGCGCCUUCCCGCCGCACGCGCGCCCCUACGCGCCCGACUGGCGGCACGUGCUUAUACAGCAGCAGUCGGCGCGACAGCAGUUCCCGCACCAUCACCAAGGUUUCAAUAUGGGCGGCAUGGGUGGAAUGGGUGGAGUGAGCGGCGGCAUGACGCAACAGCAGCAACUGCAGCUGCAGCAGGCGCGGUUGCAGCAGCAGCAACUGUUGCAGCAUCAGCAACAAAGGGCAUCGAAUCAACAGUCGUCAAUGUCGCAUCUAAUUAUGCAACAGAACCAAAUGAUGAGCGUGCAAGGACAGAUGCCGAACAUUCACAUGAGCCAGUCGCAGAGUAUGAGCUUGCAGCAGUCCGGCAUGGGCGGGCUCGGGCCCAUGCAGACCAUGCCGAGCCAGCAGCCGAUGCACGCACAGACCAACACCAUGCAGACGCAGAACAUGCUCGGCAACGGGCCCAUGCAGACUCAGAACGGAAACAACCCCUUCUCGCUUCACUCCGCGUCUUCCUUCACGGGCCAAACCGCCGACUUCAAUCUCGACUUCCUUGAUAAUAUGCCUUCCAGUGACACCAGCAACCUCACUGCGCAAGAGUUGCUCAACUCGCUAGACAAUUCCUUCUUGAAUGACAUACUAUAAAUUAAUGUUUAUGUGUAAUGAAGUACUUUCAUAGGAAAAUAUUUGACCGUAACUGGACCAAGACUCCACAAGGCGGCUUUAAAAUUAAAACAUAGCCAUAAGGGCUGUCCAAUGUCCAUACAAUGGCAUACUUUGACAUUCAGCGUUUUUCUCUUCAACAAAUGAAAGGAACGUAUUUAGAGAGGUCUUGAUAUUAUUCUUCCCUUUUGUACACGUAGUUUUACUCUAGUUUCAUUCGAUAUAUAUUGUAGGAGAAAUUGGGACACUUGUGUGACCCGAAACAGUUCCUUUACAAGCGCAAUGAAGACGCGUAGACACGUUUAAAUAUUGUGCCGUGACUAUGCAACGCAAAUAUUGCAUAGACGUCGAAUAAAUGCGUACGCAACAUGGACGUUGUGUAUGUGUAUGCAAGCAUCCGACAAACGCGUACGCAUUUCUGGCGUAUUGCGUGCACGCAUCCGACAAACGCGUACGCAUUUCUGGCGCAUUGCGUGCACGCAUCCGACAAACGCGUACGCAACGCAGACGUCUUGUGUACACAAUGACAAUGCGUACGCUAUACGGAUUAUGUAUGUGUGUACGAUAAACUCGUACGUAACUCACGGACCGCGGUGCGUACGCGUACGACAACCGCGUACGUUACUGUGAAGGGACUGAGAAUCAGACAGCCCCAGAGAGCCGUGCAGUCAUAUCAUUGUACCAUUAUUCGUAUACCAGUUAAUGUAGGUAGCUCGCGACCAAGGUGUAACAUAAUGUGACCAAAGUUUUCCAUCAGAAAUACGCGGCGGCAACGCCCCGCGAAUCUUCCGAUAAUUGUAAACAUUUUCUAAGCAUUGUUUUAUAUGAACUAUAUUAAUUAUUCUAAAGAAUUCCAAUUCGUAAAGUUUAUAGUUUUUAUAAUUGUUCAUGCAUAGUUCAUUUGUAAAAUAUAUUGUAUAGUAAGGUUGUUUAUAGAGUAUUAACGAUUAUGUACUGCAGUAGUUGAUGGCUCCCGAAAAACUUAAUUUAUCCUUGCGCGGGAACCAUGAUUCUCAUUAUUUGCUGAUGCUUUUAUAUACUAUGUAUAUUUAUUACAGAUAUUGUUAUUAAUAUAAGUGAAUAGCACAAAAGACAUUUCAACGAUUUUAUUUACACUUUUAUGAAUUUAUUUUAUAGAAUGACAUCAUGAUUGGGGCAAUACAUGUUUAUAGCGUAUAUUCUUAUAAUCGAGUUUGUACUUUGCCAUGUGACAUUACAAAGUAUUAAUUUAUUUGUAUCUGGACCUCCACUACAAUCUCGCUGAUAAUAAUCAUUCUUAAAUAAAAUAAAACUAAACAAAUGAGAUUGGCGCAAACGCCAAUCACGCUGUUAUCUCUAUGAAUGACGUCACUUACUAAUGUGUUGUGUUUCGGCGGCAAAAAUUUUACGUAGAUAUUUUUUCAUUUAUAUUAAUUUUUUACUGGUUAUUAUUGACGGGACAAAAUAAAAUAUAGCUUGUGAUACUUCUAUAAUUCAGUUUAAACACUGUUUACAAAAGAGGCAAAUAGCCUAUUUCCCUUUGUCGUCACGAAAACUUUUGCUGCAUGUUGAAGCUAAAUGUAAGGAUGAUUAUUGUCAGCGAGGUUCGUUCUCCGCCUGCAAACGGCCCAAUGUAUUUUUAUUUAUAGUGCAAAUGUACAUUUUAUCAGUUAAGUUUAUUUUAAGAUCAUUCCUGUACCUAAGAUGUAAUUAGUAGAUUAUACUGUGAUGUCGGUCUCAAUGGUCUGUAGAUUAAUAUAGAAUCAAUUAUUAUAAAUAGAAUAUUGUUAUUGUUAAGGAUCUCAUGUAUUACUUAGAAGAGGUUUUUUGGGAUUCUGGAGUUUUCUGGAUGUUGGUAUUAUUUGACAAGUUCCGUCAGUAGGUUACGAGAAUUAAAUUAUUGUACAAUUAUAUAUGUAUAAUAUAUUUUCAAUGUAUAAUUUUACCACAAAUGUGAAAUAUGUUAAAUCAUUUAUUGAAAUUCGGAAAGCAUAGCUGACAAAAAGAUUGUAUAUUAUAUGUAUUAAAUAUUCCGUUUUAAGUGGAAAAAUCAUAAUUUAAUAUAAAUGUAAAAAAAAAAACCAGCUCUCUGUUACAGCUAUUGACCAGUUGUAAAUGAUUGACACAUUCCAGAGCCAUUGUUAACAAUGUUUUAACUUUAGGACCAAUUUUUGAAUGUUCUUUUGAAAAUAAUAUUACAUAUUGAAAAAAAAUUGCCUUUUUAUUUUUUUUUAAACUUACCUACUACACGUUAUAAACGAUUAGUCUUUUUUUACUUAAAUUAUAGUAAAGUUACAAGUGGAAAACUUAAUAUGAGGAGAUAACACUUUACAGAAAAUUACAUGAAAACAACUGAAAAUACUUGCUCUUAUUUUUAGUUAUUUUCUAUAGAGAGCGUCCAGUUUGGUACAUUCGUAUUUAUUUAUCUUAAAUUUGUAUUAGUUUUUUUUCGUACUGAGUAAAUAUA